GUUUGUUUAAUUUGCGGCCUCGUUGUAUCACAGUGUUUGAAGUUCUUUAUUUGAAUCGUUAAUGAAUAACGUUAACUGUGGGUUAAUUGAUUUAUUUAACACAAAAGGGAUUAGGAUCUGUAUAAAGUAUAUAUACACACACACAUACACAGGGCUGUGGCUGUGUGUGUCCACAGUGUUCGUUUGUUGUUAUUUGUUGACAGUGAUGACUUUGUAGAUAAAUUACUGUUUCUGGGAGGGAGGGCCUAACUACAGCAGGACACAAUGACGGAAGCUCGGAAGCCUCUGAUUGGCUAAUCCGUCCGCAGUGGGCACAGAAAACGCCCUCUGAUUGGCUAAUCCGUCCGCACUGGGCAUACAACGCGCCCUCUGAUUGGUCGAGCGCCCUGCUGGCAUCAUUGUGGAGGCUGGCGGUGGCGGCCCUGCAGGCUUCAUAGAGGGACCGUGUGUAUGCCGAGGGAGCCAUGUUGAUGCCUGGUUUUGUGUCAAACGAGUCGCUUUGGAUGGUUCAAGGACUGUGGCUCAAAGACCGGGAGUCUCGGCGGUGAUUUCAGCCUCGCGAUGAGAAAGGGAGCGCUGCUUGGGAUGGUACAGGGAGCCCCAGAGGAGAGCUGCUCUUAGGUCACCGGACAUUAGCACAGCGGAUUGAGAGCGAGUCAAGUUGAUGCUAGUUAGCCUGGUAGCGACAGCUGUGUGGACUAAAACUAUACACAUUUACCCGCUUGUUUGGUUUUGCUAAACGGACAUUACUAACGCGUUAAUAACGGGGCCGCUGAGUUGAUGCUAACGAGCUGAAGCUGCCGCUGCGAAGCUAGCUGUUAGCUAAGACAGUCUUCCAGUCGUGGAGCAUCGCGUUGUGUGAAAUAGAGGAGCGCAAACCCCAGAGUGGAGGUAUGGCGGCUCAUCCAGUCUCCGCGGAAAGCCUGUCCAGUUUACCAGGGAGCGGCUAGCGGGCUAGCAGCGUAACUUUCCUCUCACGGUGUCACCCAGAAGCCGCACAGCUUCCUUCCCCUUCCUUCCUUCCUCUCUAGCCCACCUCUCGCACACCUGAAGCAAGCUGGCGGCCCUCCGAGUGGAAGCCGAGGACAAGGAGCUGGGGCCGAUGGCCUGGGUGCUGAAGAUGGAGGACGCCACCAUCGAGUCGGGGCUGGUGCACGACUUCGAUGCCAGCCUGUCCGGCAUCGGGCAGGAGCUGGGGGCUGGAGCCUACAGCAUGAGUGAUGUGCUGGCUCUGCCGAUCUUUAAGCAGGAGGACUCCAGCCUCCCUCCUGAAAACGAGACCAAAAAUCCCCCAUUCCAGUAUGUGCUGUGCACCGCCACCUCGCCUGCCAUCAAGCUGCACGACGAGACGCUCACAUACCUAAACCAAGGCCAGUCUUACGAGGUGCGUAUGUUGGACAACAGGAAGCCAGGGGAGUUACCGGAGCUCAACAACAAGAUGGUGAAGAGCACUGUGAGAGUAGUGUUUCACGACCGUCGGUUGCAGUAUACAGAACACCAGCAGCUGGAGGGCUGGAGGUGGAAUCGUCCCGGCGACCGUCUCCUUGACAUCGAUAUCCCCAUGUCAGUGGGUAUUGUGGAGCCGAAGACUCACCCCUCCCAGCUUAACGCUGCAGAGUUUCUGUGGGACAUGAACAAGAGAACUUCUGUUUUUGUGCAGGUGCACUGCAUCAGCACAGAGUUCACUCCCAGGAAGCACGGUGGAGAGAAGGGCGUCCCCUUCAGGAUCCAGAUCGACACGUUCGCCCAGGGAGAAAGUGGAGAGUACACGGAGCACCUCCACUCUGCCUCCUGCCAAAUCAAAGUCUUCAAGCCAAAGGGGGCGGACCGUAAGCAGAAGACUGACAGGGAGAAGAUGGAGAAACGCACCCCUCAAGAGAAGGAAAAGUACCAACCUUCCUACGAUACCACUAUCCUAUCAGAGACGAGGCUUGAGCCCAUCAUCGAAGAAGCGGGCGACCACGAGCUGAAAAAGUCCAGCAAGCGGACACUUCCUGCCGACUGUGGCGACUCCUUGGCCAAAAGAGGCAGUUGCUCACCGUGGCCAGACACCGCCUACGUCAGCCCCAACCAGGCAGCUACUCCCUCCUUCACCUCCACCCCUCUGUCCACAUACACAACCUCCUCAGUACUGGACAGUGACUCGUCCUCUCCCAAUCACCAGGCAGACCCUGGCAGCCAUGGCAACACAGAGCAGUUGAGCCCCACUGCCUCGACACAAGACGCACAGAAGUGGCUGCUGAAAAACCGCUUCAGCUCCUACACGCGGCUCUUCUCUCACUUCUCAGGUUCUGAUUUGUUGAAGCUAAACCGGGACGACCUGGUGGAGAUUUGUGGGCCUGCAGAUGGUAUCCGACUCUUCAAUGCACUCAAAUCCAGGUCUGUGCGUCCCAGGUUGACGGUGUACGUCUGUCAGGAGUCCCCUCAGGAGAGCCCCCUGCUGGAGGGACACAGUACCAAUGAAAACGGAGAACACAGCAUCUCCUCUAGUUUACAAGUGUACCAUGCUCUGUACCUAGAGGAGCUCACCGCUGCAGAACUCAUCCGCAAGAUGGCUUGUGUGUGCGGCCUUCCACUGGGAACGAUCAACCAAGUGUACAGGCAGGGUCCUACAGGAAUACUCAUCCUGCUGAGUGACCAGAUGGUUUACAACUUCCCUGACGAGAGCUGUUUUUUGAUCAGCACUGUCAAAGAUGAGUUGGGCGAAGGACUCCAUCUCAUCCUGAAGUAGUGGGGGAGGACAGAUGGCAUCACUAAUACUCCACCACUCUGUUUUGGAGCAGAAGCCUCCCUCUGUCCCUCUCCGCCUGCCUCUACUCUUCCCUUCUGCGUUCCUCCCUAUCUCUCGACACGAUCGCUCGAUGGAAAGCAGAGAGACUGCGCUAAAGCCAUGUAAAUGUUAGAAUCUGACAUGGGUGUGUCCACUGUUUCAUAUUGAAAACAUUAUUAACGGAGGAGAUUAGCUAAAAGAAGAGAGACCGGGGAGGAUUUGGGAUUAGGGGAGAGAGUUAACUAUGUUCUAUGUAUUUUGAUUUUAUUAUUAUAUAUAUUUUUUUGUCUUUUAUAUGGUUUCUGUGUGGAGAAGGGAGGGUGGAGGCUCCAGGAGAGAGGGGUGGGUGAUGUGCUGGCCGGCAGGUGAUGGAAAGAAAGCAGAGUUUCCUUAUUGCUCGUUGCCCUUCCUACACAACGCGCACAACCAGCAUUAGGCCAGUAUUUGAUAACCUGUACUGCUGAACAGCAUGUGAUCUCAUACUAACUUGCUUAAAGGAGAAUCCCACCUUAAUCUGCUUGUUUAACAUUCUUGACGGGGUUGUCUUAAUAAACCAUUAAUUAACCAUUUAUUGAUCAGCUUGGUAACCCCUUCAAAUAUCCAGGGCGAAAAUUUGUGGGAGCGGCGUCAUUUCUGGAUGUUGAUGUUCUUGUUUUCUCGAUCUGAUUUGAUUAACUCGCGUAGAGUCCUGAUUCUGACUCGCAGCCAUAUCCGUGUCGACACGCUCGGCCCUCCCGUCGCACGUCCCGUUCGGCCUGCGCUUUUUACCGUUUUUUUUUUUUUUUUUAGUUGACGCUUUAUUUAUGGAUCCGCUCUCACCGUAUUUACUUGUUUCUGGUGCCAUAUUGGCUUUUUUUUUUUAGCUCGAUCUUUUACUCGCAUUUACACACACAGAGAGCGCACACACUUCAUCUUUUGACUCCUCUGCUUCGUGUACUGACUUUGAAACACUGGUGUAGAGAAGCGCGGUUCGGCCAUCAACGUGCACGGUGGAAUAAAACCUCUUAAGAAUACCGUCUGGUGGAGCCUAUCCAAAAAAAAAAAAACUUAACUAAAAACUACUAUAAAGGGGACCAAACGGGUUCCAGAUUGAUAGGCAUUUUUUGAGGAAAAGCUUGUGUGGCUCUGCUCUCAGCCUUUAGAAGCAGUGAAAGCAUUGGAUCUAAGUGGAGUUUACUGUCCACUGACAUUUUAAACCCUCCAUUCCAGCAUCUGCUUUGCGAGAAACAAGCCAUCCUGCAGCAGGCUGGUAGAAAAGCAUCGGUGACGUCGCCUGGUUUCAGUAAUCUCACACUGUUAAUUACGGACAUCAUGGUGGUACUGCAUCCAUCUUCAGAAUGUUUUUGAUGUAGCUGAAAAUGGGGAGAACAGGUUUUUCGAGUUCCCAUAUUCGGGACUCAUGGGAGCCGGCAUUAAUUCAUCUGACCUAUUAAUUUUGGUACAGAGUGUCUGGCAUGUUUGACUUGGGUUCAGUUCGCACAUCAACAUGUCAGAAUAUAUGUGUGUGUGUGUGUGUGCGUGUGCAUGUGAAUCAUUUUUUUUGUUCUUGCAAACAAAACAUUUUUACGUCACUCGUCAUGAACUUUUUCCCUGUUGGUAUAAUGAAACUGUUUGUAGCUUGCUAUUUAGAAAAGAGCAUGUGGAAGAUCGGGGAGGGUUUGGGGGUGGAACGGAUCAUCGUCAGUGAGUGUGACCCCAUCCUUCUUUUUCCAGACGUUAGAGACCAAGCCUGCACUGAAGAAAUUCACAAAAUUCAAGCUUGAUGUGUGUAGUUGGUAGUCCUACAGCCCCCAACCUUUUCUUAUCCGCUUAAUGAGAAGGAGAACAACAACAACGACGACAACAAAAAAAAAAAAAAGUUGAGACUGAAAAAAAUGUUUUCGUCUCAACUCACACCAGAGCCAGGACUGUAGCUCUCCUGGCGUUUCAAUAGACGUGAGUUCAUCCACUUGGGAAAUUAGUAAGAAACUCCGGUGAGCAGCUUUGGUCCGCUGAAGGCCUGACCGCGUGUCUGUGUGACUGUGAGCGUGAGUGCGACAAGGAGAGGUGACCACUGUUAAUGUACAGCCUAAUGUUGAUGACGAUGCUUCUCAUGUGCACAGUAUCGUAUGCUGGAGAUGUACACAACCACAUGUGCUGGGAAUAAAUGAUUUCAUAACUUUCUCUGA